AUGGAAUUGACCAAGGAUUUCCUUGUGCAUGCUCACGAUCAAAUCGCCAAGUCGCUGCAACGGGUAGAUCCGCUGCUAUUGACGUCAGCAACGAUGGUGUCCACGUAUGCAUUGGUGAAGCUGUGGAAUAUGCACAGAGAUGAUAUAGGUAUCAAACAGCGGUUGCUCACUCGCUUCUUCACAGUCGUCAAACGGAUACCGUGGAUAAAAGCGAAAAUAGACCGAGAAAUAAGUAAAGUCAAAGAGUCGCUACAUCACACCCUUCACGAACAUGAUGGCGACUUGCCUUUUCUCAGCCAAAUUCCUACGGACGGCAUUGAAACCAGCAACCUAAUCAGACUGGUUGAGGAUUACAGUAAAUUAGGUGUGUCUACGCUGAUCGUUUUGGCUGAGUCAGACCCGUAA